AUGAUGAGAGGUGACACGCUCAUCCAACAACACCCCCCUACCCCACCGAAUGCCGGGUCGGAGUACCAGACCGGUCUGCACCAGGUUGCGCAAUACAACGUAGAUCGCGGCUAUCCAUUCGGUGAGGCAGGGUAUGGUUCUCCCAGCUCGGUGGCGCGCGAAGGGAUCCCUUCACAUGUGUCACAUGCCGACAACCACUCUCGUGGGCUCGGACUAAGUAUACAAUAUGACGGGUAUGGUCCACCGGCAGAGUACUACCAUAACGGCUCGUAUAACGGCAUGCCCAAUGACCAAGCUCUGUUCUCGCCGCCGACGCCGAGAUCAUCGAACGGUGAUGAUUCUGGACGUAGAACGACCCGCAGCGGACGAGCCACGACGUCGUCCAGCUCCCCACGUCGGAACGAAAGCAGCCCUCGACCGAAGGCGACGCCUAGAGCUAAGAAGGCGAAGGCGCCGAAGAACGAAAAGCAUAAGACCCCCAAACUGACUGCGCCACUGAGUAUCCUGACGAAGGAGCUACAUCAUAUCCCAGUCAAGAACAUGGAAGAGUGGGUGAAUAGGCCAGCGGACGUCAGGAGACGGGAAGUGGAGAAGAGGAACGGAUAUAUCACUCGUCCCAUGAACUCGUUCAUGCUGUAUCGGUCGGCGUUUGCGGAAAGGGCCAAGUCAUGGUGUCUUCAGAACAACCACCAGGUCGUAUCCUCAGUAGCGGGAGAGAGCUGGCCACUGGAGCCUCCGGAGAUCCGUGAACUGUACAACGAAUACGCAAAGAUCGAGAGGAUCAACCACCAGAACGCACACCCAACAUACAAGUUCUCGCCCAGCAAAACAGCGGUUCCGGCGCGGAAACGAAGAAGCGAAUGGUCAGACGAAGAAGAACCUAGCGAUCUUGACGAUGCUGAAUGGGCUCCUGGUAGUGGCAGGUCUCGCUCACGACAGGCUAGGAGAGUCGACCGAUCGUUCAGUUAUCCAUCGAGUGGUGUUGCUGCAGAGUACUUCGACCACUCGUUCGGUCCAAAUGGUAAUGGUAUUAAUCGAUCCUCCUGGGAGGUAACGAACGAAGGCAGACCGAUGCCGAUGCCGAUAAGCCACAACGAGCUCUACAACCAGUACUACCAGACUACUGCAUAUCCCAACAUGCACAUGAGUCCGAAUUAUGCAGACGAAAUGCACAUGAGGAUGGUAGAAAGCCCACCAUCUUCCAUGCAGUUUCACUCGAACCCGUCUAUGCUGGGACUGCCCGGAGGGAAUACGAAUGAUCUUCUGCUACAGUCGGAUCUCGGCACACCAUUCGACGAGGGGCAACUGGAUCCAAUGUUGUUGGCCUACGAUGGAGGUAACCACUCGGAUAUCGAUCCUGCAGCACUGCAGAACAACGUAUACCAGAACGUCCACCCGGAAAUGCAAGGAGAUAGGCUUGAGCAACACAACCUCGGCGGUUUGUUAGAUCUUUCACCCAACGAGUACCAAUCCUGGCAGUCAGAUCCAAACAUGGUAUCACUCGAACAAGAGUCGGAGUUUGACAAAUGGAUGGGCGAGCAGUGA